CUUGACAUUACCGACCAGCGCUGUCCUUGAAUUAUUACAUUACUAUAUUAGCGGUAUUGAUAGGACGAGAAUGGUUGUUCCUUAUGCGUUAUUCCACCCGCUUAGUCCGUUGCGGAGCCGAUAAACGAUCCACUACCCGGUGGAGAUGCAACCAGCCAGAGCGGCCUCCACCUGUACUGCAGGAGACAGAAGACAAACCUCCGAGCAGGCAUUCUGGUCAAAUCGAGGCUUCGAUGUAUGCACAUCCCAGCUCGGUGAUCGAGCGUCGGUGGAGAUACCUACAGCAAGGGUCAGGGGGAUCAAAGCUAUAAGUACCCCGGUGAGGUACUGCAUUUGAGAGGAAGUGCUCUGUAUCAACCCUUCAUCAGACCAGUGUGUAUCCGAAUCACCAUGUCGAACAUAGCCAAUAUGGCAGACAACUUGGGCAUGGCCUUCCUGAAGACACAGGGUGCCAGCAUUCUGAUAGCGCUCAUCAUUGGAAUCGGGACUUUACAUAUGGUCCGAAGCAUUUAUCGUCGCCAUUUCCACCCACUGUCCCAAUUCUCAGGCCCACCCGAAGCAUCUUUAUCCACGAACUGGCUCUAUAAAACCAACCAGGCAGGCUUUCCAGAGCAUGAAUUUGAAAGACUGCACAAGAAAUACCAAACCAAAUCCCUUCGCAUUGCCCCUAAUGAACUUCACCUUUCUGAUAUUCACCUGUACAAAGUCAUUUACAGCCAAUCAAAGCCCUUCCUCAAGUAUCCCCCUUUCUACAACUCAUUCAACAUUGACCACUCGCUGUUUGGUGAGACAGAUCCGGCACUGCAUAAAGAGCGACGCAAAAUGCUGAAUCCUCUUUUUUCUCGGGCGGGUGUAUUUAAGCUUGAAGGAGUUAUUCAUACCAAGGCGGGAAUCAUGAUGAGAAAGAUUGACAGAUUGAGGGAGAAGCACUUGAUAAACGUUUAUGAUGCCUUUCGAUGUCUCACCACGGAGGUUAUCAUGGAGUUUGCCUUUGCGCGCUCCGCCAAUAUGCUCGAAGAGGAAGAAUCGACAUUUGACUCAUGGUUCUUGAGAGCGUUUGAUUCGGUCGCCAGCGACUUGUGGACAGCCCAUGAAUGGCCCGUACUGCGGAAGAUUGGAUCAUGUUUGCCAAAGAGUAUUGUUAAGAUCAUGAACAAGAAGGUUGCAUCCUUUUUUGAAGUAAUUAAUUUCGCCGAGAGCUGCAUGAAUCACUAUGAGAAACAUGGCAAUACCACAUCCCAUCCAGUUGUCUUCGACCACCUUACGUCAGUGUCCUACCCUCAGAAAGUCACCGAAGCUAUGGAUAUCUUGAUUGCUGGAGCGGAUACCACUGCAUCUACCCUGACAGCAGCCCUGCUCCAUAUUCUCGCGGAUAAAAAGGUCCAAACCAAAUUGGUCCAGGCGUUACAAUCGGUGCAGCCAAACGAGCAGGGAGUUUUGCCACUUAUGGAACUUGAAAAGAUCGAUUAUCUGACGGCUUGUGUGAAAGAAUCCCUGAGGAUCGGAAUGCCCGUCCCUGGGCGGUUACCUCGCAUUGUGCCCAACGACCUGGCUCAGCCCUUUGCUGUCGAUGGAAAGAUCAUACCCCCGGGAACUGUCAUCUCAAUCUCCGCCUACACCAUGCACUACAGCGAAGAGCUCUGGGGUCCUGAUGCGCGAACCUUCAACCCCGAGCGCUGGUUACAGCCCGACUCCAAAAAUCUGGACCAGUACCUCUGUACCUUCUCCAAGGGUGCUAGGAUGUGCAUUGGUCAGAACGUCGCCUUCGCGGAAGUCACGAUUGUGAUGGCAUAUAUAUUCCGGAACUAUAAGCUCAGUCUUCCGCCAGAUUUCCAGCGACCGAAGCAGAAGGACUUUUUCACGAUGGAGUAUGGGAAGCCUGGCUUACCGGUUAAGUUCGAAGCUGUCAAUUAGGUUCUGUGUAGCUUCUUUAUGAGUUAACAUGCUUUACGCAUGCUUUGUAC